UGGCUGUGCCCACUGGGCUGUAUUCUCGUGCAAUACAUGUGGUUGAUGUAAUUACGAAAAUAGACCAGCGGUUGGCAGUAUCCGCUUCGACGCAUCUUUCUACUGAAAAGACUACAAGAAGAAGAACACCGGCCUAUUCACCGACGUUAAAGGGACGUCAGAGGAGAUAUUUGUUUACCCCCUCUUUUUCCAUGUGGCGUUUUCGUCAACACGUUGCACGAACAACUUUGUAGAACUUGGUAGUCAGAAGUUGGUAGUAAGUGAGACAUGCUCCGCGCAGCUCGGUCGUGCCCACAGUGCGGCUCGUCAAGUGUCGUUCAGGAUGAUCUCUACGCGGAGUCCCAACUCGUCUGUCAGGACUGUGGCUCUGUGGUGUCCGAAGGACUUCUCGUCACGGACACGGGCGCGGGAACAGAAGAUGUUCGGUAUAGUCACAGCACAGCUCAGUCAAAGGUGCCCUGCAGAAAUCUGAUAAAGGGACUGCAGCGUGUGCGUGCGUUGUGCCGCAUCCUACGGCUCAGCUACGAUGUGGAGGAGCUGGCGGAGGUUUACUUCAGGCAGGCGUACACCCACGCCAGCUUCAUCCACGUCACGCUCGCCAAGAAGGAGGCGCUGGUGGGCUGCUGCGUGCUGGUGAGCUGCCGGCUGCGCAACUGGCCCCUCGCCCUGGGCACCAUCAGCGGCCUGGUGGAGACGGACCCCGCGCUGGUGGGAGGGGUCUUCAAGCAGCUGGAGAAGGUCCUGGACGUGGAGGUCCCCAAGAGCAGCAUCACCUACGUGCUGGAGGCCCACUCCCGGGAGUACAAACUGAGCAGCGCUCACGUCCCGGAGGAGCUGGCCGAGACCUCGGCGGACCUGGCCAAGCGCGCCGUGGCGCUGGUGGAGCUGGCCACGGACAGCUGGAUCGUCACGGGCCGCCACCCGGUCCCCAUCAUGAUGGCGGCCAUCUUCCUCAGCUGGCAGUCGCUGAGGCCCACCAAGACGCGCCUGCGCUACUCCCUGAACAAGUUCUGCCGGCUGUCGCACAUGCCCCUGAACAAGACGGCGGCGCAGCGCGUGGGGGAGAUGAGGGAGGUGCUGUGCCGGCUGGGCCAGGAGAUCCCCUGGCUGAGCGGGGGGGCCCCGGACGACGUGGCUCUGCACGUGGAGGACAUCCUGCAGCACCGCCACGCCCUAUUGAGGGAGGCCCUGCGCACCCACGAGGUGAGCCAGAGGGCCGAGGAGGAGGAGAGCCAGGGGGCUGAAGAAGAGGAGGGGGGGAGCCGGGGGACUGAAGGGGAGAGCCGGGGGACUGAAGGGGAGAGCCGGGGGACUGAAGGGGAGAGCCGGGGGACUGAAGGGGAGAGCCGGGGGACUGAAGGGGAGAGCCUGGGGGCCCAAGAGGACAGACGGGGGACCCAGGAGGAGAUCCAGGGGAAUGGAAUCCAGCCCAGCACCGUAGACCCCCCACCACGAGCCCCGGGCCAUCAGCCCGACGGGACGGAUUCACCGCCGGAGCCGUGCACGCUGAAGGCCGUAAAUGGAGAUCCUGAGGAGGGAGGCGGCGAAACGCAAGGUACCCAGGAGCAACGGCCGGCGGUCCACUGGGGCAAGAGGGCGAUGUUCGCCCCGCCCUGCGCCCGCCACGCCAAGGUCUGUAGGACGGAUGCUUCGCGGUGGGCCGAAGUGAACGGAGACGAGGAGAUUUCCGACAGCGAGAUCGACUCGUACAUACGCAGGCCUCAGGAAGUGAGGGACUACCUGCAGACGCAGCAGCAGCUCCUCGCCGCCACCGAGGACCAAGAAUGUUCCGGAAAGAAGUGAAGGAUGUUCCUGGGAAUGUUCAGUGCACUUUAAUUUGAUUAUUUUUUUGCCUACACUGAUGGAAAUACUGUAUAUUAAUAACUUUUUUUCAGUUUGAACAUUUGCUGGAUUUUGUUUGAAUUGUGCGCAAUUGCCACUAAAGUGAGUUUCUGUUUUUCUACAAUUACCUUAAAAUAAAUAACUUUUUUUCAUUGAUGGUACCACAAAGAUUUCCAUGUGUUUCCAAGGUUUGAGCAGUGUUUUGUGCUUUGGGCAGCAUGUUGAACCUAAUAUUGCUGUGACAUUAUAUUUUGUAGUCCAGGGGUGUUACAAACAGGUGACCAGAGGGGUGCUGGUAGCCAUGCUGUACUGUGAACAGUUUAGUAGUGGUGCCGCAUGAUGCCAAAACGUCAAAGCCUCGCAGCCAGAUGAACCACCGAAGUGGUUCGACCUCGAAGCUUUAAACGAGUACGCUAGGGACACCUAGUGGUGAAUGAAGUUAUGAUGAAAGAACGUUUCUGUGAACCCAGCCCAAAAUGUGAUGUUUGCUUCGUACAAAAUCAAAACAUUGGAAUUAAAGUCAUUUCAGUGAUACGUGUGAGGGUGCCGUUCAUAAAUAUCUCCCGAGCUCAUGGUAGAAAAAUAAAUCAUUUGACAAAGAAUUAAAGUAGGCAUCCCGGGCAAAAUAGGUCUUAUCAACUACAGUAGCCUAAUAAUUGUAACAAUACAACUGCAUGAUGACAGUGAUUAAUUCAAUUGCCAUUAAAGUGAUCUUGGAACUGG